UUUAAUAUAAUUCUUUAUUAUUGUAGUGUAUGUGUUAUCACUAUCGAUGGACCAUGAGCUCCUUGAUCUUUUUCUUCGCCAUCUUCCCUUUUGUCUGUGCAGUAUCCACCCCACAUUUUCCCGAGGCCAAGUAAGAACUCAGACUCCACCUGUGAGCUCCCAACCAGUCAGGCAGUGUGGUGGUUCAUUUGCAUGGCUUUUCUUUCCCACCAGCCGAAGUAGGUCACCUCCCAGAGAUCUGGUCUCCCUUCAGCAUUGUCUCCUGCUCUUGGCUGCAGGGUGUCUGUCCUUGUUGGUGACCGUCCAGCACACAGAGCGCUAUGUCACCCUGUUUGCCUCUGUCAUCCUCAAAUGUGACUACACCACCUCUGCCCAGCUCCAGGACGUGGUCGUGACGUGGCGCUUCAAGUCCUUCUGCAAGGACCCCAUCUUUGACUACUACUCUGCGUCAUACCAGGCAGCUUUGUCCCUGGGCCAGGACCCUUCCAAUGACUGCAAUGACAGCCAGCGGGAGGUCCGCAUCGUGGCCCAGAGGCGGGGGCAGAAUGAACCUGUGCUGGGGGCGGAUUACCGGCAGCGCAAGAUCACCAUCCAGAACCGAGCAGAUCUGGUGAUUAAUGAAGUGAUGUGGUGGGACCAUGGAGUGUAUUACUGCGCGAUUGAGGCUCCAGGGGACACAUCAGGUGACCCAGAUAAGGAGGUGAAACUCAUUGUCCUGCACUGGCUGACGGUGAUCUUCAUCAUUCUGGGAGCCCUCCUCCUGCUCCUGCUGAUUGGAGUGUGCUGGUGCCAGUGCUGUCCCCAAUAUUGCUGCUGCUACAUCCGCUGCCCCUGCUGUCCCACCCGCUGCUGCUGCCCUGAGGAAGCCCUGGCCCGCCACCGCUACAUGAAGCAGGCUCAGGCCCUAGGCCCUCAGAUGAUGGAAAAACCCCUAUACUGGGGGGCGGACAGGAGCUCUCAGUUUUCAUCUUAUCCAAUGAACCAGCUGCUUCAGCGAGAUUUGUCCCUGCGAUCCAGCCUCCCACAAAUGCCAAUGACCCAGCCCACCAAUCACCCUCCCAUCACUAACGGCGUCCUAGAGUAUUUGGAGAAAGAGCUGCGGAACCUCAACCCAGCCCAGCCCCUACCCCCUAACCUCAAAGCCAUAUCUGGCCAACCCUGCAGUAUGCUGUCCUCCUUGGGCUCUGAGGUCGUGGAACGCAGAAUCAUCCGCCUGCCCCCACUGAGAGACCUGCCAUCUUCUCUGAUGACCAGCAACUCCUCCCACCAGCAUUGGCUCGCUCCAAUUCCCCCUGGAGCCUGGGAUCUGAGGGAGGAGAGGAGGCAGCACCACCACUCUGGUUUCCACCAGGAGCUGCAGGACCGGCAGCCUCGGCGCUGGGCGUUGGAAGGAAGGGAGCUGGACCAGCUUCGGAGUGGAAGGCACCGCAGCUCCAGGCCGAACACAUCAUCCAGGCCCUGGUCAGACAGGGAUAGCCUCAGCGAUGUCCCUUCGUCCAGUGAGGACCGCUGGCGGUUCACGCACCUGCCUCUCAGGAGCCGCUACCCAGACAGACCCCACAGGCCCAGCCCCCGGGAGAGCGUGCACAGGCACCAGAGGCGCAGGCCCCGCAGCUACUCCCCUCCCCUGCCCUCAGGCCUCAGUUCUUGGAGCUCGGAGGAGGAGAAGGAGAGGCAACCCCGGAACUGGGGGGCCCACCGACGCCGCUCCCACUCCCCAAACUGGCCUGAGGAGAAGCCGCCCAGCUACCGCUCACUGGAUGUCAUCCCAGGCAAGAAUGGCAGGAAAAAAGGGAAUGUGGAGAGGCGCUCGCUUCCUUUAUCAUCCAGAUAUACACACCAAUAAUCCAGAUGUACCCCCAAGCAACCUAUAUUUUUUAUUAUGAACUUACCGGUGAGAGGCAGAGAUUUCACGGAAGGUCAUUUUAAAAGCCUUCAUUGUUUUGGAUGCCUCUGAGUUUAUCUCCCAAAGAGCUAUCACUUUACUUUAAUCACCUCCCACUGUCCACUCAUAGUCUGAAUGAUCAGAGGCCCAGGACCGAAACUUGAUUUGGAAGAUUGGUUGGUCUAAAGGGCACAGUGUUUUGAAUGUAACUUGAAUUUUGAAUGCCUUUAGUGGGACCAAAGUCUGUUUCUUUUCUCCUCUGCUCAGUGGGGCUGGAUGCUUUCCACACACCUCCCCGGCCUCUGAAGUCUUUGGAGCUUGCAGCUAACUUCAGAAGUUAUAAUACAAUUGGGCCACUAGAUGGUGAUCUUUGAUUAUGUAUAACGUGGAGGUUUGUUUACUCCUUGAGUUGAUAAGAUUUAUUACUGUUUUUUCAAACCAAGCUUUCAACAGUUAUCUUUCACCAUAACUUUUUUACAAAAUACUUAUUAAAAAUACUUCGUUAAUAUUUGGAGCAAUAUAAAUUUUUAAAAAUCUUUUGGUGCACAUGGAAUCUUCUCUCUCAAGAAUAAUGUGUAACAAGUAGAUACCAACAGACAAGGGUUUUCAUGUACAUGAUCACAUGGGAAUGCAAAACAGGUAAGAACCAUUCUCUGCACAGUGUCCAAGAGAAAAGGGAAGUUCUGUUGAGGAAUCUCCCACUUGACACCAGAACUAGGGCACUAGCUGAGAUCUCGUUUUAGGUCUGCUGAUCUUUUUACUCCACCAAAGGCUGCAACCUCAGAAAUAUGAGAAGCAACAGUGACACAGAGCUUUAAAACCCACUGGUUUCAGACUGAGUGGCCCCUAGGCUCUGGUCUCCUUCAAACUGAUUAUCAUUCUUUUCUAUCCACCCUAUCAGAAAGCCACUUCCGGUUUGUUCCGAACUUGGCCUGUACGUACUCAUUCUAAAACCUGUUCUAAGAGAAAACUAAUGCAUCCUUUCCUCUCUAAGCUAAACUCAAACUUUCUAUAGAGAAUCCAGGAUUGUUUUUUUUUUGACUCUUUGACUUAAUGAAAAAAAACACCACUUUUUUUAGAGCAGGAUAUUUCAUCUUCUCCUUACAAGGAAUGUCUAUUCCUUGAUAAUGUCUAGAUUUUUCUAUAGCAAACCCUGGAAAAGUUCCCUUUGUGCCACUUUGUUGCUUUCCUUUGUGUCAGAGAGCAUUCAUCCCAUAGCUUUUUAAUUAGAAACCACGUGCCUAAAACUCACUUUUCUGACAAACUGGAAACACAAAAUUUCUAAGAGUAGCAACAUACAUAAACAAUGCAUUUUGAACAAUAUAUUUUGGGACAGAUACCGUAUCUUGCCAUUUCAAAUAAGAUAAGAAAGGUAACAUUCAUGUACUACAGCUGUAAAUACUCAAAACCUAGAUAAAACAAUCCCCUACCAUACAAAGUUAGAGAAAGAUGAGGAAUGUAAACCAUCGUCCUUGACCUUAUAGAGCAAGUUGAAAAAGACAAAAGACCAAGAGAAGUUGUGUCUGAAGAAAAGCCGCUGAGUUUGGUCAGGAAGAGGUAAUUAGUUGAUCUUUGAAAAAUAACUUCAGAGAAAUACUAAAAUAUGAAGCUAAACUUUUUAGACAAGGGUUGAGAAUAGUUCAGGAGUAUAUACAUAAGAAAGGGAGACCGGGCCAUGUCAUCAUGAACGAAUGGGGGAGAGACUGAUGAAUGGAACAAGGUACCUUUUUUCUUCAGUCUAAGGGAGGCUUGAAGAUGUUAAACAUAAAAAAGGUAGAGUGAAUGAGACUUCAAGAAAUUUUCAGAAAUUAAAGAUGUUUGGGGAGGCUCAAGAGAGGUAGGAAAGAAGAGAAACCUAACCCAGGAAGAAAGUCUGGCUUCAUGAAGAGUUACAUAUUUUUUGGAUUCAGAUCUGCUGUCCCAGCAGCCGCCACUCACCUAGAUUUUCACCUAAAUCAAAACCACCUUGUGUAUUGUAUGCAUAGAAAACAAAACCCAGCUGAGUGGGUCUUUCUGUUCUAUUCCUCAGGAGAAAGACAGCUCCCAUAGUGGAAGGAGUGUGGUCAUUUAGUCACCGGACGCGGCACUACUUCUGUGGUGACUCUCGGCUCCUGCACAUCAUCGGUAUCACCUACACUUCCAGGUGACUUGGGAAGGACACUGCAAGUCUGUAUCUUACAAAUUUUGGCUUAAAUUCUGAGAAUCAAAUAGAAGAAUUUUAAAAGCAAGAGUUUUAGGAAUUAAUGACUUAGUUUCAGACUUGGUUCACACUCUCUGAAUAUUUAGACAGUCUCUGACUUGUAAUGGGCCCAAGUGAGAUGUGAUUCCUCAAGAACUUAAUUGCCUGAGCCCUCAACUAGGUUACACUACUCAGAACCAUGGCCAUUCUCAAAGUGAGAACUCAGGAAUCUUUAAGAAAAAAGUCAAACGUUUCAGGAGCAGGAAAUCUAUGGAGUACAAUAGGAUAAUUUCCAUGGGCACUUCUCUCACUCUGUAGCAUAUCUAGAGGGUCCCUCCCGCCUUGCUGCCCCCGUGCCUGGUCCCAAGUGCCCAUGAGGGCCCAGUAAGAGAUGGCACAGGGAAUACUCCCAACAGUGUGCUCUCUUAUGAGCCAUUUAUUCCAAGUGUAGCAGAGAAGCAGUUUUGUACCAGCUUGUUUUCCUUUUGUUCAUUUUAUGUUUUUGCUUAUAUCUAAUUUAUAUUUUUGUAUAUGGUAUGUAGCCAUUAAAAUUGCUUUAAAUGUUUCUUGGGAACAACAGAGUAUAUAAAUAAGAAGGAAAUAAAGAUGUACUGGCGUGAGGAUUCUGCCCCAAAUAAAUACCUACUUUGGUGCAUUUGA